AUGGCGUUCUCCUCCCUCUCCACCCCGUCCUCCUCGUCCCCCUCCUCGUCCUUCACCCUCCCCACCAAGCCCUCCCCGGGCGCAGGCUCCCUCUCCUUCUCCAGGGCGUCCGCGGGGAGGUUCAGGAUGGCGGCGGUGAGGGCGCAGGCGGAGGCGGUGGACACGUCCAUCAGCCCGCGGGUGAGCGCGCUGCGGCCGUCCAAGACCAUGGCCAUCACCGACAUGGCCAGCGCGCUGCGGCAGGCCGGGGUGCCCGUCAUCGGACUCGCCGCUGGGGAGCCCGACUUCGACACGCCGGCGGUGAUCGCGGAGGCUGGGAUAAAUGCAAUCAGGGAUGGGUCUACAAGGUACACACCUAAUGCAGGGACUAUGGAGCUGAGGAAAGCCAUCUGCAACAAGCUUCAGGAGGAGAAUGGUCUAACCUACAGCCCAGAUCAGGUGCUAGUGAGCAAUGGAGCUAAGCAGUGCAUUACACAAGCUGUUCUUGCUGUCUGCUCACCUGGUGAUGAGGUUUUGAUACCAGCACCAUUUUGGGUCAGCUAUCCUGAAAUGGCUAGGUUGGCUGGUGCAACACCAGUGAUCCUCCCGACAAGCAUAUCAGACAAUUUCCUGCUAAAGCCAGAGUCACUUGCCUCAGUGAUCACUGAAAAAUCAAGGCUCUUGAUUCUAUGCUCUCCAUCUAAUCCAACAGGCUCUGUGUAUCCUAAGGAGCUGCUUGAGGAGAUUGCUGCUAUAGUCAAGAAGUAUCCUAGGCUCCUGGUUCUAUCUGAUGAGAUCUAUGAGCAUAUUAUCUAUCAUCCUGCUAAACACACAAGCUUUGCUGCAUUACCUGGAAUGUAUGACCGAACAUUAACUGUAAAUGGAUUUUCUAAGGCUUUUGCUAUGACUGGCUGGCGACUUGGAUACUUAGCUGCCCCUAAACAUUUUGUCUCAGCUUGUGGAAAGAUCCAAAGCCAGUACACAUCUGGUGCCAGUAGUAUAUCGCAGAAGGCAGGGCUUGCAGCCUUGAACCUUGGUUAUGCCGGCGGUGAAGCAGUUUCAACCAUGGUCAAAGCAUUCCAGGAGCGCCGGGAUUACCUUGUAAGAAGUUUCAGGGAACUGCCAGGGGUAAAAAUAUCAGAACCUCAGGGUGCUUUCUAUUUGUUCCUCGACUUCAGCUCCUACUACGGAUCCGAGGUAGAGGGUUUUGGCACUAUCAAGGACUCUGAGACCCUCUGCAUGUUCCUGCUAGAGAAAGCACAGGUCGCGCUUGUCCCUGGAGAUGCAUUUGGAGAUGACAAGGGCAUUCGUAUCUCCUACGCUGCUGCACUGUCAACGCUACAAUCUGCGAUGGAGAAGAUAAAAGACGCAAUGGCUCUGCUCAAGGCCCCUGCCGCGGUUCAAUAA